UUGCGUCGUUUCAAAUUAUUUUUUUAAUCUUACAGGGUAGAAAAAGAGCUUAUGGAAUACAUUGAGUCCCUGCGGCAUCCCCAACCCCACUCACACCAAAAUCCAACGGCAAAACAAGCUCCUUCAAGCCAGAGACUGAAAACAGAAUUCACGUGUACUUGACGAGGAGGCCUUUUGAUCUACGGCUGGGUCCUGGCUGGGCCGAGCUGUAGGAGCCCCGAAGAUGCUGGGGGUUUUGUCAAGCUCGGGGCCACGUCCGAGCCCCCACUCUGGCACCAUCGAAGCCCAAGGGGCAGAGACCUGAAUACCAGGAAAGUAAGUGCAAUUACUAGAAAGCGAGUCACUGGGGAGCCACUGCGCGGUCGGGGGCCAGGCCAGAGCCCUUGUCCCCGCACUGCAUGCCUCCCCUGGACGCAGACUUCUGUACAUAUGUCUCCAUGAACUGUGCUCUGUGUACCUGGAAUCUGUCAGCCAAGUGACUUGCAAGUGUCCCUGUGAUCUGAACCCGAAGUCAAGCCCCGGUCAGCAAAACCCUUCGAGAGCCCUGUGCAGCUGAUCCAGCGGGUGGCCACCAGGGGGAGAGAGAGAGAGAGAGAGAGAGAGCGAGCGCAGGACUCUGACUAGGGGCAGGAGCCUUGCCCACUGUGGAGGGCGGAUCCAAGGACCUCAGAUGUCCAAGAAAGAAGCCACAGGCUCCAUCACUCUCCUGGAUGGGACACGGUGAAAGUCUCAGAGCAUGACUGUCCCUGGAGCGAGGACAGAGGAGGUGGACGCAGUCCCCGACUACACCAUGACCCGCGCUGCCUCGCAUCUUGGUUGUAAUUUGCAAGACGCUGCCGAGGGAAGAUGCCGGGAGGCGGAGUGUUCUGUGGAGGAUCCGUGGGGGACGAGCCUCCCCCCGCAUCGGUCUGACCCCAGGGCCGCCCUCUCUCAGUUGUGGAGGAGGGAGCCCUUCCUGAUCUUGGGGCCCCCGAAUGGAACCUUCGAGCAGACGGAGCGCCCGGGACAGCCAAGGAGGCCAGGCAGCGGCUGCUGAGAGUCGGGCCCCGGAGGCAGAGCCCCCGAGGAGAGAAGUGACCUGGGGUGAUGCUGUUCUUGUUGUUCUCGGUGGGGUGGGGGGGGGGGUGAGCAUCUCCAGAAGCCCCUGCUCACGUGACUGUUGUCUCCAAAACGUCUGGAAGGAAGAUGUGCAGAAUUAGAGUCGAUGAAGUUAAACAGGAGGCGGUGCAGGGGAAGGAAGGGAGGAGCAGUAGCGGGGACGGGUCGGUCCCAAGGACGGGAAGAUUGGCUGCUCUGUGGUUGCUGGGCUGCGAGAGCGAGCCUGUGAUUUCUAGUAAGAAGAGCCUUAGGAGGAGACAGAAGUGACUGAAAUUCGGGCCGCGGAGGGGAGCAGCGGAGGAGCGGAAGGUUCUCAGAAGGGCAGACCGGAGGACGGAGAAGGCGGUGACCGUGAGCGCAGCAGGGGCGCCCCGGCCCGAUGGGGAGGGAUGUCCUAACCAAAUCGAAGAACCGAGGGGGCUCUAAGCAAACACGCACAGGACAGCUGAGGAGAGACCAUUCUCUUUUGAGCACCCGCCGCUCCAACCCCCACGACUUACCACCGUUCGGCGACCGAACGUGCAUGAACUGGUGUCUUCGCGUGAAGACAGGCAUCUGAGCAUCCCAGGGAGCGAUGGGAGUGGGGAACCAGGGAGUGCAAAUGAACACACAUCUGUUUUCCCCGGGACCCAGGCAGCGCACAGAGCCCUUGCUCUGCUGAGUAGACAGAAGUCCAGGCGGUGUACACAGCUCUCUAGGAAGCGUUUUUAUGGCACUGCCCACCCUCUCCCCGCUGCUGGAGCGUCCAGGGGCGUGGUCCUCACGCCCUCCUGUCCUCGUCCUUCUGUCUGCUCGGCUCUCCCACUCAGACGACAGGAAUGGCGUUGGCUUUGAAGUCAGACCCGUCUGGGUCCGCUCCCAGCCUGGCCCCCUUCCUUGUAGCCGACACGGGCAAAGUACUUGCUGCCCCGAGUCUUAACUCCUUCCGGGGGAUGGGGGUGAUGGUCCCCAUGCAACGCCUCACCCCUGCUCUCUGUUGGGCAUAACUAGACGGUUAGACCCGCAGGACUUCCGGACCCUGGUUCCCUCCCUGGCACUCGCCCUGCAAGGAGACCAAACAACCCGCGGGGGACCGGGAACCAUUCUCUGAGACAGCUCAGGUGCGAGGGAAUGAGACCACGCAAGCAGGGUGUUGUCCCACACAAUCUGAAGGCACCGCGGCCUCCGGAAAUCUCCAGAAAGUCAGAGUCGCAGAUCCACUUCGUGGCAUUAAGUCUUGACCCGUAAACUAUGCACGCGAUGGAGCCCGCAGCCAGAGGGCGGACCGAGAAAAGCUUCAGCUACGUUGUCAGAGCCCCCGGCAGCGAUGGGUUUGAUGUGAUGAACGUUGAUGUGAAGAUUGACACGUGCUGGGUAUUCCAGGACGUAGAGGAUGGUGGUGAGGAGCCCGGCUGUCUUCCGGCAGCUGGAAGCCCAGACACGGAUGUGGGCGUGCUCAGGAAGCAGCUGGAAUCCUCAGAGCAGAAGCUGCUGGCAGCUGUGGACAAGCACGUGAUGUCGGAGUCCAGGCUCAGAAGCAGAAUCCAGGAGCUAGAGCUGUCGGAGAGACAGCUCCUCCAGAGUGUGGACCAGCUGAACGCCCGCGUGUUGCAGGAAAGGAGCGACGCUGCCCGGGCCCGGGAGAAGCUCCAAGCCCUGCGGGACGAGCUUGCCAGCCAGGUUCUGGAGAAGGAGCGCGCGGCCAGGCGGCAGCGGUGGCGGCUGCGGCGGCUGCGGGAGCGGCUGCGGCGCAAGGACGAGGCGCUGGGGCGGCAGGCGGCGGCCCUGGAGCGCUGCCGAGGGACACAGCGGCGCCAGCUGGCCCUGGUGCGCGAGCAGGAGCGCGGCCUGCGGGAGCAGGUGCGGCGGCUGGAGCGGGACGUGCGGCGCCUCUGUCACGCGGCCGGCCUCCUGCUGGCGGAGCUGGACGCCCCGGCCGCGCGCGGCCCCCGCGCCCUCUGCCCGGCCGGCCCCGGUGGGGAGGCCGAGGAGCUGCGCGCCCUGCGGGCGCGGGCCGAGCGCGGCGAGCGCGAGCGGGACGAAGCGGCGGGCCGGUUGCGGGAGCAGCGCUCCACGGAACGCCGGCUCCGCGGGCAGCUGGAGGAUCUUCGCUGCUGCAUCUACGAGCUCAAGCUGUCGGAGAUCGGCCUGCAGGGCCAGGUGGAGGACCUCGCCCAGCAAAACCGCAGCCUUCGAGAGGAGCUGGGGGCCCAAGCCCCCGGGGAGAGCGCGCGCAGCACUGCCUCUGCCGGUCAGUGCAGCCCGGUAAGUGGCCGCAACCCAAGGCACCAGUGGGUUUUCGGAUUUCUCUUUCUCCUACAGCCCCUUGCAAGUCACCAGCGCCUCCGUCCCCCAGUUUUCCUCUUCAUCCACUCAUCCAGCCUCACCAGCCCCAUCCAUCCAUCCACCCAUCCAUCCACUCACCCACCCAUCCAUCCACCCACCCAGGCAUCCACCCACCCACCCACCCAUCUGGGGACCCGGCUCCCUCCCGAGUCGUUGGAGGAAGCAUCCUCCCAGCUCCCUCCUUGUGUUUUCCUCAAGGACGCCCUGAGCCAGCUUCAGGACGAGCCACUGGCCCUGCCCGGGGAGGGCGCCCUGGAUGCCUGCCGAAGCCGAGGCUUGCAGACCACCCUCUGCUCCCACGGCGCCCCUGGCCCGAGAAGCUCAGCAGGCCAGCCCUCCGAGGCGUGCUGCUCCCGGGACCGUGUCGGGGCCGGGCGAGGCCCCUGUGUUGUGGUGGCAGGCCUGGAGGCCACAGAUGAGACCCUGGAAGACGUCACAGGAUCUGACCGUGGACGGCGGACUCCGGCUGAGCCCAGCUUGGAUGCGCAGACUUUUCUCCUCAUCUGUGGCUGCCCCCCCGGCCAGUACAGGGAUGGCUCACUCCUCCCCGUAGAGCUGGCCGGGAUUUCGGAGCAGAGGCUAGCAGCUGCCCAGGUCCUGGUGCAGACGUCCACACUCCCUCCCUGGGGGCUGGCCGGGGACCCCCCUUCCCUGCCGCUGCUGCUCCUGCUCCAGGAGGCUUCUCCACAAGAAUCCCAGAUGCGACGGACGCUGGACACCAGGUUCCCACCUGCUCCUAGAGCCGGAGGACCCACCUGCCGGAAUCCCCACUGGAGAAGGGGCCAGAAUGCCUCCCUCUGCCAUGAGCCCCCCCAGAUCUCAAGUCACAAGUUCAAGUCAAGUGUGAAACGCGCUUGGAAGGAGGGAGGAGGGCCCCCAGAGUGGAGAACCGAGGAGCGGGGAGCGAGGAGGAGUCGGGGCAGGAAGGAGGCAGACCUUGGUGACAAGAGCAAGCUAAGUCAGGAAAUGCGAGACAACCCGAGCCCGGGGGACGGCAUCAGAGCCCCAGAGGGCGAGCUGGUCGAGAACGGGGCCUCAGAAUCCCAGGCCUCUGUCUCCUGCCCUUGGCCCAGGCCAAAGCUCCCAUGGCCUCUUUUGCAGGAAGAGGCUUCCGUGUCAACUGAGGGUCCCGCACCCCUGAGUAGGAGGCGGAAGGAGGGAGGGCUUUCGUCACUGGAGGAGGAAGAGGCCCCCCCAGCCAGGGCCCAGGGCUCCCAGAGGCCAAGUCCAGGAGGCACUCAGCUCCUUGCAGGGCAGGGCGAGGAGGAAACGCUCGUGUGGUCUGCAAAUGCUCUGAAUCUGCAAGAGGAAAGCCCUGGGGACCAAAGGCAAGGAGAGAAGGAGGAGAAAGCACCGCGUCUAGAAGGGGCUCAUCUGGGCCACAGGGAUGUCCCAGGGGAGCCUGGCCCCGAGGAACGUGAGCACCAGGAAACGCUCUCCCCGGUGGCGGAGGGAGGUCUGACACUGUCUCCCCGAUCGGCCUUUCCACCCAGGGGAACUGAACCUACCAGUGAUCCGUGGGCUCUGAGCCAACAGCCUGACAGGUCUGAGCUCAGAAGAGACGAAUUUGGGAAGGAGGCAGAAGCUUCUUCCCAGCAACUCUCCAUCCUGCAGCGUGGGGGCGGGGGGCGAUGGUGGCCAACCUCCACACCGGCUGGAGGAAGCAAGAGCUUGGCUCGGAAACAGCACAGCCCCCCGGAGAAUGCUCACUCCCAGCAGGCUUUGGCAAACCAGGGCUCGGAUAUUUGCUUGGCCAGAGAGGUCAGACCCGGAGGGACCGGCGAAGAGGUCGGACCAGGUGGGACGGAGGUCCUGGGGACCAGCACCGCUCUCCCAGGGAUGGUGCCUGAUUUAGACAACGUGGGUCCGGGUCCAGAGUGGCCCUCCGAGCUGGGUGGGAACCAGCCCUCUCAGCCACUGAGAGCCGUUGAAGAAGAGAGGAGAAGGUUUCACCAGCUCAUUUCUGGGCUGAAACGAGAGAGAAGCCAAGUUUUACGUGACAACGCCGAGCUGCGGGGCGACCGAGAGAGAUGCCGUCGAAAAGCGUGCGCCCUCGAGGAAGAGAGGGAGAGAACUGUGACAGAGAUCGCGGCCCUCGAACAGGACAACAGCAUGCUGCUAGGAGACAUCGCGUGCUUGAAGAGGGAGCUGGCCCAAUACCGGCAGGUCGUUUCUGACCUGGAAGACUGCAAUGGGAAAAGUUACGGCAAAAUUUCCGAGCUCGAAGAGGAGAACGAGCAGCUGAAAGGGCGCCUGGCCCAGCUUCAGAGAGCCACGGCCGAGAGCGCCAGAAAAUCCAAGGGUGUGAUGGAGCACGUCACGAUGGAAAACCGGGAGCUCAAGGCGCUGAUCUCGGAGCUCGGGGUCACUUACAAAGAGCUGAUGAAGGGCGUGGUGCUGGGGGUAGAAGACACGGUCCAGGCCUUCAGAGGGGAGAACGCCCAUCUUCUGAGCAGGAUCCGCGUCCUGGAGACAGAAGUCGCGUUGGGGGCCAGCACAGCUGGGGGCCACUUGGUGAGAGCGGAGGAGGGUCCGCAGGGGGAAAGCACGAUGGCGGGGGGCAAGGGGGGUGCUGUGGAAAGGGGGGUGCAGGUGACUCAGAUGUCAGGGCAACUGACCACAGAAGCCCACGGGCCGCCCUUGGAGGAGAAACCGGGUCUGGCUGGCAGGUGGAUGGGGCCUUCCUUACGCAUGGAGAAUUCCAGAAAUGAUGGCAAUUCAGCCGCCUUGUCGCUGGUGGGGGGAAGUGCUGAGGUAUCCAGUGCCCCGCGAGGAAACAUCAACGGAGCAGGAGCGAGAGAAGCACGUUUGGAAAAGGAGGAGAAAAGACCAUGGUGUUCUGCAGACCCAGGGCGAGCUCUGAGGGCAAGCAACGGCCCCCAGGGCACGGAGACAGACACCCCCAAAGAGGACCUCAGGCUGUGCAUUGGGCACCUCCAGCACCAGGUGCUGACCCUGCGGUGCCAGCUCAGAGACCAGGCUUCUGCCCACCGGGUACUGCAGGUGUCACAUGCGGAAGCCACCCGCCUCCGGGACCAGCUCAAGGGCGAGCUUGAGGAACUUCAGAGAAAGCAACACGAGGCAAAUUCGGCCGUGGCUCCUUUGAAGGCCAAGCUGGCUUCUCUGGUCCAGAAGUGCCGGGAGAGGAACCGCCUCAUCACGCACCUGCUGCGGGAGCUGCACCGACGCGGGGCCGAGGAUCACCUGCUCUCCGAGACGGCGCGGGGCAUGGUGGACGACGUGGCACUGGCCGAGUACGCGGCUGCCUUCCUGGCUCCGGCGCUCCCAGAGACCAGCCACCGCCUGGAUGUCGAGUCUGAGACGGCAGCAGCUGUAAGAGCUCAGAAAUACCUCCCAAAGCCCAAAACAGACAGUGUCAUCAUCCAAAGACCUUUGCAUUCAGAGUCCUGGCCUGUUCCCGAGGCUGAGUGGCCAGCACAGAACACGGCUAGACCGGAUUCACCAAAGCUUCCCCCGCCCUCAGGGCCGACGCCUGGUCCCGGAGCGUGUCCGUGUCCGGCUGCAGCCGCUGUGGAGCCCGCGUGCCCUGCGCGACGCCCGCAGGGAGAAGGCGGGCUGUCCUGUCCCGUCCUCCGAGCCGAUGACCCCCCACCGCCCUCUGAGCUCCUGAGUCCUGCGAGGAUCCUGGCUUUCCACAAAGAGCUCACACGAAGCAUUCGCAGCAAUGCCCAGGUCCAUCAAUCACCGCUGGAGUUAUAAAUUUAAUAGAAGCUCUCACGCUCCGGGGCCAUUUCAUAGGCUCCAUAAAUAUUUGAAGCCGAGCCUUCAGACACGGCUUUAAGGAAUUGGUAGCAAUCAAAGCCCUCAUUCGGUAGCAAGUGGUUUUGCCUCUGGCUUGGGGGUCUGUGCUGCUCGUCGGAGCUUGGGAGAAAUACUCGACUGUGCCCGACACAUUCCGAGAGCUUUGUCAAGGCAGAAAAGGGAAUAUUUACCGUACCAAAACCUAUUGAAUGACUGGUCCGGUGGUUCUCAACUGGGCAUGAUUUUUCCCAACCAGGGAAAAAAUUGGCAACGUCUGGAGACAUUUUCUAUGGUCCUAACUCGGAAGCCGCUCCCGGCAUCUAGUGGGUAGACGCCAGGGAUGCUGUUAAACAUCCCACGAUGCACAAGGCAGUGUCCUACAACACAGGUAAUCCAGCCCAGGUGUCAACAGCGCCGGGGUUGGGAACCCCUGAACUGGUCUAUCAGCUCCUAACAUUGACAGCCACAGAGACCUGUGUUGUUAUUUUCCUGCCCUUGGGGCCCCUCCCCAUGUGUGAA